AGCUUUGGCAGUUGGCAAACCAACCCGGCUUCAAGGGUGGUUGUUCUGUGGAAACGUCGCUGAAAUUUGGACUACCAAUCAAUUAUUUCACCCCCUGGACAUUCUUUGUACGUCGUUGGAUAUCUUUACAAGUUCCUUGUCGUUCAACUUAAUUUUUAGCAACCAUGGCGUGUGGAGCAACGUUAAAACGUUCCAUGGAGUUUGAGGCCCUGCUCAGUCCUCAGUCUCCCAAACGAAGAAGGUGCAGUCCAUUACCGGGGACCCCUGGCACUCCGUCUCCUCAAAGAUGCAAUCUUCGGCCGUCAACAGACAGUCCUUCGCUUUCUAUGUCACCGCAGACCAUGGGAGGAGAACAGAGGCUUACUCCUGAGCAGAUCUUCCAGAACAUUCGUCAGGAGUAUAGUCGCUACCAGAGGCGACGGCAGCUGGAGGGGGCCUUCAACCAAAGCGAAGCCUGCAGCUCCAGUGGAGGCCAGAGCCCCAACCCUGCGCUCAUGCCUCCCAGCUCUCCCCCAGGUGCCUCGUCUGUGAAGAAAGAUCAGCCGUCAUUCACGCUGCGACAGGUGGGCUUCCUGUGUGAGCGCCUGCUAAAGGACCACGAGGAGAAGAUCCGUGAAGAGUACGAAAAGGUUCUCAACACAAAACUCGCAGAACAAUAUGAAUCCUUUGUGAAAUUCACGCAAGACCAGAUCAUGCGAAAAUACGGCGCCCGGCCUGCCAGCUAUGUCUCUUGAAGAAUCUCCUCACUUGGUACCAGUCUGUCCUUGGAUAACACACAGUGGCUGUAACACCAGCUGCUUUUCCUUUCCCCAUUUAUUUUUUAUUUUCAUUUUCAUUUUAAAUUCUUGGGUGCCAUUGUUAAUCCACUUUUUUAUUAUUUUAAAUCCCCAGAGGACUUGUCAGAACUUUUGGCCCGACAGUUAAACCCCUUUGAAAGUUUAAAGAAAUGUAAAUUUUCAAUUUUUGAUAAUCUUCUCUCUCUAUCUUUCUCUUUUUCUCUCUCGCUCUCUCUUUCUCUUUCUCUUUAUCUCUCUCUCUCUCUCUCUCUCUCUCUCUCUCUCUCUGUCUCUGUCUCUCUCUCUCUCUCUCAACCCAAAGUGAAUCAGGUCUGUGUCUGUCCCUUCUGGCGCGCUGUAGAAAUGCUUGGCUGAUGUGGUGGCUCUGUAUACCAACCACUGACUUGCUGCAGCUGCUGUAACCAAACCCUGCCUUUCUCUCUCUCCAUCUCACCCCCCUCUCUAUCCAUCCAUUUUUCUUUCACAAGUCUUUACCUGAGGAUGUGGAUUUAUCUCUUCUUUUUUUUCUCUCCUUUUUGACAAAUAAAGUUUCUGCAGUUUA